UUCCGGAGCUUGGGCGGAGCCCGGGCAGGGCGCGCUGCCUGGAGCUGCCUGGGCUGAGCUGCCGGCCACGUCCCCGCGCCCGGACUGGGUCUCCUUCCUACCGUUCGAGGGCCGCCGGGCCGCCGCGGGCCUACCGCGCCCGGAUGUCUGUCUGUUCCCAGAGCGGAGAGUCUACCUUCGUCUCACAUGUGCCACAAAGGAUGGCAUGGCCCAGGAGUGCCCCACCACGUGGCUUUCACCCCCUGCAAAGCCAGAUCUCACCGGACAACACAGUGCCAAGCCCACAGCUCUCCAAGGAGAAAGAUGGCCCAGGCUGGGAGCAUGCCCUUAGCAGCGGCCUCUGAUCCCUUGGCCAAGCAGGAGGGAGCCAUUAGCAGCCUGAGGAGCUGGCUGGCUGGGAGCCUCAGGGACUGCCCGGCCUUGCUUCCAGCUCAUCUACAAGAUGUGGACAGUGCUUGUGCUCAUUUGGAUUUUCUCCUUGUCCUUAUCUGAAAGCCAUGCGGCAUCCAACGAUCCACGCAACUUUGUCCCUAACAAGAUGUGGCAUGGAUUAGUGAAGAGGAAUGCAUCUGUGGAAAGAGUUGAUAAUAAAACAUCUGUGAAUAUAACCAUGGCAGCACCUUCUCCUGUCACGUUGACCAAAGGGACUUCUGCAGCCCACCUCAACUCUACGGAAGCCACACCAGAGGACACAAGCAGGACAGAUGUGGGUGAACCAGUAACUUCAGGAGGUACAGCUGAUGGUGCGGCCUCCAGCGCUCCCAGGACUGCAGCUUCCAGCGCUCCCAGGACUGCAGCUUCCAGCGCUCCCAGGACUGCGGCCUCCAGCGCUCCCACCACUGCGGCUUCCAGCGCUUCCAGGUCUGUGGCCUCCAGCGCUCCCACGACACUUACACCGCCUGGGCCCACGUCCCUGUUCGCAGGGCAGACCCCAUCUACUACCGCUGCCAGGCGCCCAUCUGUCAGCACAGCCCUUGUACAAGUGCCAAGUAGCAGCUCGUCGCCAACAGCAGCAGCCCUGGCCACAUUGGCCACGCGUGCUCAGACUGUAGCGACCAGAGCAAACACGAGCAGCCCCGUGAGCACUCCCAGUCCUUCUGAGUACCUGACCGGUGACACCACAGCAAGCCCUACACCCCCCACACGUUCCCAAGCACAAGGUCCCACUCGCCAGGUGUCAGUGGACCAGCCCGUGGUUAACACAACAGAUAGAUCCCCACCGCCCUCAAACACAACUCCGGAGCCCACUCCCACCCCCUCUGUGGCUUUGGUGUCCCCCGCGGUGGUGACCACCCCCAAGCCACAAGCCAAGGAGCCACCUCACAGCACAGCGCCAGCACCUCACAGCCCAGUCCCUGAGGUGGAGGCCACGUCCCUCACAACACAGCCAAGCCCCAUGCCAUCUACCCCGAGGCCCACUGGGCCACGCACACCCCAGGCACCGGAGCAGAUAGAGACUAAAGCCCUGUCAGGUACUGAUUCCACCGCACCAAUACCCAGGAGCUCAGGGGACCCUAAGAUGCCAGCCACGGACUCAUGCCAGCCCAGCACCCAAGGCCAGUACCUGGUGGUCACUACCGAGCCCCUCACCCAGGCCGUGGUGGACAAAACGUUCCUCCUGGUGGUGCUCUUACUCGGGGUGACCCUUUUCAUCACAGUCUUGGUCUUGUUUGCCCUGCAAGCCUAUGAGAGCUACAAGAAGAAGGACUACACGCAGGUGGACUACUUAAUCAACGGGAUGUACGCAGAUUCCGAAAUGUGAGGGUGGCGGGCCCCUCCUGGUCCUUUCCUUUUGCCUUUGAGACCAAACCAAGUGCUUCCAAAUUCUUUUGGUGCAAUUUAGGAGAUAUGCCAGAUGCUUAAACACAUUUCAUUGCUGUCAGAUAAUUCCAUGAUCACUAAAGAGUUGCUGCUUUUUUCAUAUUUAUUUUUGUAAAUGAUCCUGUGCCAGGAGCAGCUGGGGAUUUCACCUCAGGGUGGGAUGGGCAGAGCCCUGUGCCCCCAGGUGUCAGAGCCUGACCUGCAUUAAAGGACUGACUGCUCUCCGCAA